GGAGAUGUUGUUUAAAAAAGUUUCUGGUUUUUAUUGUUUUUCGGUUCUUUGCGGGUUUUAACUUUUUGGUAGCAGCAAACGGAAAAAUUUAUGCACGAGGGGGCAGAGGAGACGCCCUAUACUUCCCCCCCUCCGCGACCGGUAAUGCGCGAGAGGAGGAGAGAGGGCUUGAUCGUACACCAUCGAGGUUACGAGUUUUCAGAGGAGGGGGAAGGGAGAGUAUGGUACAAUUCUGAAGGUUUGGGGGGUUUUCUGUAGAAAGAGAGGGAGGCGCGCGCUCGGCACACCACCGCCCGCCCAGCCCCCACAUAUCCACACGCACACAGGACCAGCCUGAGGGAGAGGGGGGAAGGGGGGGGGGGUAUCCGUGGCGGGAAAGUGCACGGCGGCGAGGAGGAGAGCGGGCGGCAAGGCAACGCCCAGAGGACGUUGAGCAUCGGUGCGCGCGCACAUUCCGAGGAGAGGGAUUUACAAAUACAACUGGCUUUUGGGCGCCAAGGGGGAGUUUUCUCGGUGGAAGCCGUCCGAAGGAGAGAAGAGAGAGAGAAGCAGCAGGUGCAGAACGAGGUGGUGUGCAGGCGGCGGGUCGUGGUCCGGCUACACUCGAAGCACGUGAGCGGUCUGUGGCAAUGGGGGAGGGGGGUAUGGCGAGCAAGCAGGAGGGGAUGCCCUCUGUUUGCACACGUGCCCCCCCCACCAUCGAGCGAAGACGCUUUCUGAAGAGAGGGAGAGGAGGAGGUGGACACUGGGAGAGUGCCACAUGUUCGAAACGGCGGAGGCGCGAUUUUUGGAGGAAUUUUCAAAGAGAAGAAGAAAAGCUGCUACGACGAGAGGAAAGAGGGGGGACGGAGAGGGAAGCCAAGCCCCGUGAGUGUGUGCGGGAGGAGGCGGCACCUCGCACUUAGCGACGGCGAGAGCGGACACCCAUCAUCUGCUGGCCGCAGGACACGGUCGGGGAAUUGACAACAUGGACGAAGAGCUUGCCGGCGCGCUUCUUGGCAAACUGGUUGAGCUUGCGCAGCUCCUCCGGCGGGAAGGCCACGCGGUUGCGAGGCUCGAACUCGAGGAAGUGGCCGUUGUCAAAGUAGACGCAGGCGCGGGAGAAGGUCGAGUUGCCGGUGGUGGCGUAGGAGAGGGCCUGGCGCGAAGGGGCCGGAGCCGGGGCCGGGGCCGGGGCCGUGAUGGGGGCCGGGGCGGCGACCGGCUCCGGGGCCGAGGAAGUCAUCUCCUGGUCGGCGGCCGGGGUGGAGGUCGCCAGGAAAUGCGCAUGCAGCUGGCUGUGCAGCAUGCGCAUGCGCUCCUGCUUGUUGAGCUGCUCCUGCUCGAGGAGGUCGCCAACAGUGGGCAGGGGAGCGAGAGCCGGGGAAGAGGAGGCAGAGCUGAGGAGGAGGGAGGCCAUGGCUGAAGAGAAAGGGAAGGAAGAAGAGAAGGAGAGUAGGGAAGAAGGGGGGGGAGGGGGGUGGACAGCGCAGGCUCGAUUGGGGGGGG